AUGGUGGUGAGACACAGCGACAGCAAGGGGAAAGCCCGGGUAGGUGUGCGGCUGGAGCCCUUCCUGCACCAGGUUGGCGGCCACCUGAGUGUUCUGCAGUAUGACACACACACAGUGUGCAAGCCCCUCGUCUCCCAGGAACAGAAAUUCUAUGAGUCCCUGCCGCUGGCCAUGAGAUGUUUCACGCCACAGUAUAAAGGUACCAUCACGGUGCGUCUCCGGAGAGACAGCAGAGGCCAUCUCGGCCUGGUUGCCAACCCACUGAAGGAGAACGUGGAGCCAUUCCAAGUCUCCCCAGAGCCCAGAGCGGUAGCUCUCUGGCAGACACUUCAGCAGACCGCCGGCAGUGACAGUAGCCCCAGUCCCCUGGCCCAGCUGGCACACUCACUCAAAGAGAGUACAGCCAAGGUGCUCCCGAGGUCCGACUGCCACCUCAGUACCCAGGCCUCCCAGCUGGUGGAAAGUGCUGAUGGGAGCCAGGUGGAGAAGAAGAGCUUUAACCCCUGGGGCCUGCACUGUCACCAAGCCCACCUGACCCGCCUGUGUUCUGAGUUCCCAGAGGACAAGCGGCACCGGUUCUUGCUGCUGGAAAACGUGGUGUCACAGUACAGGCAACCCUGCAUCUUGGAUCUGAAGAUGGGGACCCGGCAACAUGGUGAUGACGCGUCGGAGGAGAAGAAGGUCCGGCACAUGAGGAAGUGUGCACAGAGCACUUCAGCUUGCCUGGGCGUGCGCAUCUGCGGCAUGCAGGUUUAUCAAACCGAUAAGAAGAGCUUUCUCUGCAAAGAUAAGUACUACGGAAGGAAACUCUCUGUGGACGGAUUCCGGCAAGCCCUUUCUCAGUUCCUCCAUGACGGAACUCGCCUCCGCUCGGAGCUCCUGGAGCCCAUCCUGCACAGGCUGCAGGCGCUGCUCACCGUCAUCAGGAGCCAGAGUUCUUACCGCUUCUACUCCAGCUCGCUCCUCAUAAUCUAUGACGGGCAGGAGCCUCCUCAGAAGGCUCCCCAGCCGGCCCGAGGCGGCACUUCCGGUGACCCUGCCAAAGUAGAUGUUCGGAUGAUUGACUUCGCUCACACGACGUACAAGGGUUCCUGGAACGAGCACAUCACGUACGAGGGACCAGAUACUGGCUAUAUUUUUGGCCUGGAAAACCUCAUUGGAAUUCUGAGAGAUAUCCAAGAGGGAAAAUGA